AUGGCAGAUUUUGACGCUUUUAUUGAUAAUCUUGAUGGAAUAAUUAAGCAAAUACGUUCCAGGAUUAUAAUAUGUGGCGACUUUAACGCCAAAUCUCACUUAUGGGGGUCUAAAACGACCGACAAGAGAGGUCGGCUGAUUGAUCUUCUGGCGUCAUCUAAUGGUUUAUCUUUGGUAAAUAUAGGUGAUUUGCCUACCUGUAUUCGCCCGCAGGGUUCAUCAGUUAUUGAUCUUACCUGGGCUUCGCAUGAUAUGCUCAGCAACAUCUGUGAUUGGAAGGUCAGAAAUGAUAUGGAAUCAUUAUCCGACCACGUCUACAUCACCUUUACAUACUUGGAUCGAAAUAACGCUCAGUCACCACCUAAACUUCCCUCUAAUAGAUGGAAUUUCAGAAAAAUGGACAGGUCACUUUUCAUUGAAUGCCUGGAAUGGUACUGCGAUUUCAACUCAGCAGAUGUUUUGGAUGGUGAUGCGGUUAACCCCAUCGUUGAUUGGAUUAGCCAAACUAUGGCUGAUGCGUGUUCCGUGUCCACACCUCGUUCGAGCAGGAGUAAGAGAAAGUGUUGUUAUUGGUGGACAGAGGACAUCAAUAAGCUCAGAAAAACAACCAUUGGCGACAGGCGUGCCCUUACUCGGCCCAGGAAAAAGAAGAACGCUGACCUUAUUCUAAGCGCCAACCAAAAAAAAAAAAAAAAAGGGAAUCUAGGAAGAUCCUGCGACUGGUGGGGCUCCUGA